GCAAUCAAUAUGUUGCAGAUUUUGGAAGAACUUUUUUUUCACGAGAACCAUCAAAGAUGCUGGCUCACGUAUUCGAAAAACACAGCCGGUUUUGCGCCGGUCAUCUCUUGGAGGUGAUCGUGACGAUCCUUACUUUGACGGCGUGUAUGCUUAACAAGGAGACCAGAAGUGGACAGGAAGGGGCACGCGGGGAGGACUUGCCCGGUGCUACGUACUGCCGUCACAACAAAUGCAAUACCAUGGAUCUAAAAACGGCUGACAUUAUAGUAAUGACAAUAAUAUGUUGCCUGGCGGUGCUAUUUACUUAUCAUCAGUUCCGCAAUUUGCAAAAAAUGGGAUCCAAAUACAUUUUAGGUAUCGCCGGCCUGUUUACCGUGUACUCUAGCGUGGUAAUCACGUCCAGUGUGGUGAAUUUCGGCCGCAGCGAUGUCGCAGACUUGAAGGACGCUUUAUUUUUCUUUUUGCUUCUUAUCGACCUAUCAAAGGCCGCGACAUUAGCGCAGUACGCUCUAAGUUCGGGGAAUCAAGAAGAAGUCAAAGCAAACAUCGCGCGCGGCAUGUCUCUGCUGGGACCGGCCAUCAUUCUGGAUACCCUCGUGGAGACCCUUCUGAUCGGCAUAGGAUCCUUAUCGGGCAUCAGGAGGCUGGAGAUCCUCUGCACCUUUGCAUACCUCGAGGUGAUCGUCAACUACAUCGUCUUCAUGACGUUCUAUCCGGCCUGCUUGUCGCUCAUACUCGAGCUUUCUCGCGGGAGUAAUAAUAUGGGCCAACUGAGCGCAGACAAAUUUAUAAUGCAGUUAAACGAGGAGGAUAUAAAACCGAAUCCUGUGGUGGAGCGAGUCAAAAUGAUCAUGAUCGCCGGCCUAUUUGUAGUACAUGCCAACAGCCGCUGGCCCUUUAAGAGCGAAGAAGCCGAGUACACGACGAGAAGGGCAGCGACAUCCACGAGCUCGGACGCGGUAAACGGUUCCGAUCACGAGAGUUCCGAAUUGAAGGAACACCUGACUUGGCUAUCAGCCAGCACGGACAACAUUGUGAUAUUGAUACUGGUGUUAGCACUGGUGAUAAAGUUCAUCUUUUUCGAGGAUAGAAGCGAUGUGGUCGACAGACAGCUGAGAUGCAAAGAGGAGGAGGAAGAGGAGGACGAGGCGGAGGAGACGACAGUGGAAAAGAAAGUGAAGCUACUCGAUGGUUCAACUAAUCUGGACGAUAUGGGUACCACGAUGACUCUGUCCGGCGUGGGUGGUGGCUGGGGUAAUGAGAACGAUGUAGAGUGCGUUGACAAGGAGGUACAGACCGACGCGAUAUACCAUGGUGCGAGCAAUUCCGAAAAUGACUCACCGAAAAAGUCCGAAGCUCCCCGGAGCGUGGAAGACUGUCUCGAGAUAUAUAAGUCAGAGCUUGGAGCCAGUGCCUUGACGAACGAGGAGGUGAUACAACUGGUGAAACGCAAGGACAUAGCUGCGUACCAGUUGGAAAAAGCGGUAGGAGACUUUGAGCGCGGUGUUGACAUCAGGCGUCUCGUCGUGGGUGACGCCGGAAAAGUCACCGAGGAAAUGACCGACUUACCAUACCGACACUACGAUUACAGCAAGGUGUUUGGCGCCUGCUGCGAAAAUGUCAUCGGGUACGUCCCGGUACCGGUUGGUAGCGUCGGGCCGUUGCUGAUCGACGACCAGAAGUACUACGUGCCGAUGGCAACGACGGAGGGCUGCUUGGUGGCCUCUACAAAUCGCGGCAGCCGCGCGCUCUUGAAGUGCGGCGUGAAAACUCGCGUAAUUAAAGAUGAGAUGACUCGAGCACCUGUAGUGCAAUUCCCGAACAUUGAGCGCAUGUACGAAGCGAUGUCGUGGAUAAAACAGCCGGAAAACUUUCAGAAACUAAAGGACAGCUUUGAGGAAACCAGCAGAUUUGCUCGACUGACGAAGAUCGACCAGAAAGUAGCCGGCCGGGACCUGCAUCUACGCUUUGUUGGCCCGACCGGUGACGCUAUGGGGAUGAAUAUGAUGUCCAAGGGGACGGAGAGGUCUCUGCAGACGUUACAGACCUAUUUUCCGGACAUGGAGAUACUCUCCCUCAGUGGGAAUUUCUGCACCGAUAAAAAGCCCGCAGCUGUCAACUGGAUUGAGGGUAGGGGUAAAACCGUGGUGAGCGAGGCAAUCGUACCUGCGGACGUCGUGUCGCGCGUGCUGAAGACCUCGGUGCGCAAACUCGUCAGGCUCAAUAUCAAGAAAAACUUGAUAGGUUCAGCCUUGGCAGGCAGCAUGGGCGACUUCAAUGCGCACGCCGCAAAUAUCGUGACUGCAAUUUUCAUCGCAACUGGACAAGAUCCAGCACAGAACGUUAGCAGCAGUAACUGUAUAACGGUGAUGGAACCGGGUGGUGUGGACAACAAGGAUCUGCACAUUACCUGCACGAUGCCCAGCCUAGAAGUCGGCACAGUGGGCGGUAGUACUGGUUUGCCGGCGCAAAGUGCGUGCUUGGCGAUGCUGGGGAUCAAGGGUGCGCACCCCACGGAACCCGGCCAGAACGCCAAAAAACUCUCCCGAAUCGUUUGCGCCACCGUGCUCGCCGCAGAGCUAUCUUUGAUGGCCGCGUGAAUGGCAAUCGAAGGUGUAAAAGGAACGACGAUUAUGGCCAAUUUGCCGUAUUUUGAUUGCAUAUGGGGCUUUUUGAUAGACUACAUGUACGGCAUGAUUUUAGGCGUAACACGUCAAAUAUGGGAACUGUGGAUUAUUCCCAGGUACGUCAUACUACCUAAAACCCUCGAAUAGAAAAGAAAUAAAUGAGCGGUUAUUAAAUAUUAAGCCACCGCAAUCAAUAUAUCGUUCCCCUCGAUCUUUAAGGAGGCUCUUACCUCGAUCAUAAAACGACAGAUCUUUAUGAAAUUAAAUUAUGUUGUAAAGUGAACCACAACGAACCGAUGCCCAAAACUUUAGCAUAGGUUGACGAUAAAAAUUUAAAAAAUAUCAGUAUUGAAAUUCGCAUUUUUAACACAGGGCAUAUGGUAAACACUAAAAUUUUUAUCGGAAGUGAUGUAUUUUCUUGGCAAGUUUGCGAGCCAGGUAAACAAAAAACUAAGGAAUUGUAGUUAAAAUAAUAAUCUUUCUAAUGAUAAGAAAAAAACUUGGUGUUGACGAUGAGUUAUAAAAGAUAUUGUAGUUUUAAUAUGACGUACGACAGGUUAGGCGAAUGAUCUUCCGAGUGUCAAAAUCGCGCGAAGUUUCUAACCUCACUUGCACAUGUCUUUUCUCUGCGCUGUAUGGUAGCGGCAUAAUUAUUCUCUCGCGCAUUGACAUAUUGCAACCUUUAUUUUCGAGAAUUUUCCUUUCAUUUUCCCUCUCAACAUUCUCACGUUAUAUCUUUCUUUUGGCUCCAUCUCUUUAUCGCAUCAAUCGCUACAAUGCUACACGGCUACACCUCACUUUAGCUGCAGACUGCUACAGACGACGUUGUAACACGCGCAUGUUAUUAUUCUGCUCUUUAGCACUGACGUAGUCAACUGACUUAUUGUAUAAAUUUUAAUAUUUACACUAAUAGAACAUAUAACUUACUCUUACACUAUGUAAAAAUCAUCAUUUAUUUUUUUAUUUAAUUUUCCGAUAAUUUUAUAACCAAUUAUUAAUGAUAAUUUUUCGGUUGCUACAUUGAUUAGAGCAGCCGGGUAAGAGCCUCCUUAAAUGACCGACAUCAAUGGAAGGCUGCAGAAUGGCGGUCUUGGCUCUUAUUUUAUAGUAUUCCUUGCUUAAAGGGUAUUUUAAAACCUGAGCUACUCGAGUUUUUUUUACUUUUUGUCCGUAGUAUACAUAUUCUUUUGCAACCAACAAUUUCUGAAAAUGAUUUUAAAGCAUGUGAAAUUGAUUUAUUUAAGUUUGCUGGAGAGUGCCAAAUUUAUUAUGGUAAGUCUGCGAUGACAUUUAAUAUUCAUAGCGCACUGCAUUUAUGCCAUUCAGUAUUGCAAUCCGGGCCUCUUUGAGCGACUUCGACUUUUCCUUACGAAAGUAACGUAUACAUAUUGAAGCAAGAAGUUAGUAGCCCUAAGAGUGUAGACGAGCAGAUGGUUAUAAGGUAUAUGGUUAACAGAUAUUUGAAACGUGCUGCGUAUGAAAACUACAUUAAUAAUUUGAAGAUCUCUGAAAAAUGCUCUGUAUUUUGUAAAUCAAUUAUUUCUAGAAAUAAAUAUUUUAUUAACUCUAUUUCCUCCAACGUUUUUUCUGGCACAUUAGUCUUCCAACCAUGCACUUUCGAGUCCCACGCGUUUUUCAAAAUGUUAAUAGCUUUCACACAACACUGACGUAAUUUUCCAACCAUGCACUUUCGUGUCCCACCGAAAUUUUGAUAAACUCGUAAGACACGAAAGGGCAUGGUUGAAAGAAAUAGGGUUAAUAAUAAUGAUGUAACGACGGAGAAUGGUGCAACAUUUUCAGGUGCUCCAAAAUUAGUACAAAAUGCGGAUAAAUAUUAUAGCUUGUUAGAAUGUCAUAGUAACUAUUAUAACAAUUUAACGAAUAAUGAAAAGGUACAUGUACAUGAAAGGUGCAUAUUUAGCGGAAUUGUGUUCCACACUGCAGAGUACAGCUAGUAAAACUAUUAAAACUAACGAUUCUGUAGUAUAAUUAGACGAUGGUACAAUUAUCGAAAUAUUAAGUUUUAUUAUUGUAAAUAAAUGUUGCUUUGUCGUUUUUAAAGUUCUGACAACCAUGCCUGCGGUCUAUAAUCAAUUAAGAAUAAAUCAUAUAUAUGUUACAAGUUACUAGCAAAGCACAAGAUGAAAAAAUAAUUCCGAUUCAGCUGGUAAAACGUAAACUUGUGGUCUGUGGUCGUCGAAUUGGAAUGUGACAAAUUUCUUUGUACAAUGCCGAACCAUUUUGAAACAUUAUAAGGAUAAAGUUCCGAAAACGGCUCCCCUCCGAUUUCGAUGAAACUUUGU